UAUCUUUUCGCCAUCUAUCGUUCAAACUCUUUAGCAGUACUGAGUGAUUCCGAUUUUAUUAAAAUUUUGGAUUUAAUCUUAACGAUACUCUAUCUAAUCGAGUUUAUAACAACGGUUCAAUUAUAAGUCUGAUUGACAAUCAUGCUGGACUGGCAACCGUAAAUACCUGUCCAAGUCACAUGUACUGUUUUUAGUUAGCAGCGUUGUUAUUGUGUAGUUAAUGCCAAUGUGAACACAGUAAAGUACUCCUGAAUGCCUUAAUUGGGCAAUUUUGCUAGAUUUUUGGUUGCUGCAUUCUUAUUUGACUUGAAAUUGCUGCGUUGUUGGUUGAUUGGAUUUUUGACACCGUUUAAUUCCUCAGUAACUAAAAUUUUUAUUCAAACGCCAUCUUUUAAGUAAAAAAUCUCUGUGCGGGAUUCAUUUCCUGUAAUUGAAUUUUCCAAUUUACCCUAUUUAAGUACCUAGUAAUUACGAUGCUUCGUAUUCAUUCGAUUCACCUUAUCUAAUUUGAUCAUUUGAUUUUGUAUGAUUUCUCACCUUUUUUUAGCAUAGCUGUUGAGGAAAUUUUGGUCUCAACUUGAUAUAGGGUCUUGCUUUUCGUAAUUCAAUGACCUGUACUCGUAAAUUAACUCGGUCAGCCUCGAAAAAAAUUGCCGUUUUUUGUAAAUCUGUGCCCUCGUAAAAUCCCAGAACGCUUCGGUUGCUAUCGUUGUUUCAUAGUCGAAUCGACGUCAGACAGUAAAAUUGGCAAUUAGGAGCAACAGUUUUGUCGACACCAAAGUGCUUAUUAACUCGCCAGCUGAUUAUUGAGACGAGUUGAUAUGAAUUAUAUUGAAUUUAUUGGAGCAGUCAGCUGAAGUUAUUGAAAGCUUAUCGGACCAAGUUUUUUUCAUUCAGUAAAUUCAACUGUAGUGGUUUUUGGAUGUUUUGGAAAUGAUUCUUCGUUCAGCUUCCCAACGUUUUAAACUUUGUCAAUAUGACGUCUAUUAAAUGAUACGCAGUCUAUUUGGCUGAUUUUGAUGCCAUUUUCUGUUCGCAAUAAUACACUGAAGUUAUUCAUGAAGUCUUUCCGGUGAGCUGGCCAAAAGAGAUAGAAAUUUGGUCAAGAUCCUGAUUAUUUAAGAUGAAAAAUAUAUAUAUUCAUUUUUUUGAGUGAUGCAAUGUUGAAUUCCACGCAAGUAAAUGGAAAUAAACAUAAUUUUCCUCCAAUAUGCUUUGCGUAAAUUCGCCCAUCGCCUCUUUAAUUAUGUGAAGACGGUACGUUUUUUUGCUCCUUUCUAUUGGAGGAAAAUAUUCAACUGACUUAUGAAAGUGAUAUUUUAUGAGACUCGUUUUACUUUUCUUUUCAACGGUUGCCAGGAAAGUAGUUAUCUCUUUAUUAUAUUGGCAUAAAUUUAUCUUCAUAGCAGUUAAUCUUCAAAUCUAGAAAUCAGAAUGAACGGUUCAUCUGUUGACCUUUUCUUAGAUGAAAACUCAACUUUCGAUGAAGAUUUUGAAAGGGAAGACCAGAGUUCUCUUUUCGAGACCACUCUCUGCAUUGUGAUUACAAUCACUGUUAUUCUAUUCAGUUCCUUCUGCUUGAUCAUUUUUCUCUUCUCGCCCAGGCAAAUUCGAUCUAAUUUCAAAAACCCAACUGGUUACAUAAUGACAUGGCUAAGUAUCAUUGACUUCGUAAGUGGCUUUAUUCUUCUCAUUCCCAUGUCAGUGACAGUGACACUUGACCAUAAAUGGCAGUUUGGUCGAUCUUUCUGUGGAAUUCAGGGAAUGGUUUUGCAACUUGUACAGAAUAUGGCCAAUACAUUGCUAAUGACAGUAGCAGUAGACCGGUUUUGUGCGCUGGUCACGCCAAUCAGAUACCUCUACUUGAUGUCAACGCUGACCAAGAAGACAUACUUGCUCUUCUCGCUCUUCGUCGUCCUCUAUUCCUCCUUCUUUCCCGUUGCUUCUGCAAUCUACUUCAACGCGCCCAACUUCGACGGACAACUCCUGUGUUUCAUAUACUCACCCUCUCUGCAAUUCACUCUGUGUAAUUUUGUGAUCAAUGCAGUCAUACCUUUGGUGAUUAUGGUCACCUGUUAUGCGGCGAUUAUUGUGGCGUUGUGUCGCGCUAAGCAUGGAGGUGCAUCUGCUAGUCAGGGUAAUGCGCAAAACUUGAUGGCACAGACGGCAUCGUUGACCAAACAUAGGGAAUCAAACGAAAGCGCAGCCUCGGUACCUGGAACUAAUUACAAAAUGAUUGCAUCCAACUCUGUUGAACGUUUCUCGGUUACCCCCGAGUCCACUUGUAGCAGACGACAUGUAUCUCACGCGAAGGAACAAGAGGAACGAAACGUGAUCAAACGAGCCUACAAUCUGUUCCUAACUAUCACUGUCAUCUUCAUUCUCACCUGGGUUCCUUACAUGUCUGUUGAUUUUAUAUACAAAAACCCCCCUGCGAUUGUGUACAAACUGACGACCUACCUGAUAUUCACAAUUUCCCUGUCUAAUUUCCCGCUUUUUCUGACAUACAACCGAAGCUUCAGAAGCGCGUCUGCAACUUUAGUAAAAAUGUGGCUAUGUCCAGGGGCUAUUAGAAAUGAAAGGGCGCGAAAUGUGAGGAAUAUGAGCCAGAAUACAAGAAGACAGCAACCAGGAUGCACAGGUACACCAAGAGAUUCUUCGAAUCGGCUCGGAAAUCCGAAUGGAGGUGUAUACUUGCAGGAAACAACGAGAACCUCCCUGACCACCAGCUACUUGGCAGUUCCUAGGAGAGUCAGCGCAGACCAAGCUGAAAAUGCAUGCUAAAACUUAUUGAUGAUUAUAAUCGGACUCAAAUUUGGCAAAUAAUAAAUUUUAGUUUGUAUUGUGAAUUUAAUUUAUUUACAUUUGGGAA